CCCUCCGAGGACGUCAUCGACCUCCUCCGCACCGCCACCGGCGUGUGCUUUGACGUCGAUAGCACCGUGUGCACCGACGAGGGCAUCGACGAGCUCGCCGCCUUCCUCGGCAAGGGCGAGGAGGUGGCCGAGAUGACCAACAAGGCCAUGGGCGGCGGCGUCGGCUUUCGCGAGGCGCUCGAGAUGCGCCUGUCCGUCAUGCAGCCCACCAGGCAGAGCGUGGAGACGUACCUCGCCAACAACGAGCCGAAGAUCUCCCCGGGGGUUCCCGAGCUCUUCGACGCGCUGCGCGCCAACGGCAAGACCGUCUACCUCGUCUCCGGGGGCUUCCGGCAGAUGAUCGCGCCCGUCGCGGCGCGGCUGGGCGUCCCGCCCGAGAACAUCUUCGCCAACAACAUCCUGUUCAACGAGGACGGAUCGUACAAGUCGUUCGACCCGGAAGAGUUCACCAGCAAGGCUGGGGGUAAGGCUGAGGCCGUGAAGCACAUCAAGGCGAAGUUUGGGCACGGGACGAUGGCGAUGGUUGGCGACGGCGCGACUGAUCUGGAGUCGAGGGCGCCGGGUGGCGCGGAUGUCUUUGUCGGGUACGGCGGCGUGCAGCAGCGGGCGGCGGUGAUGGACGGCGCCGACUGGUUCGUCACGGAUUUCGACAAGUUCACGGAGGUUGUCGACUCCAAGUGA